AUGACGUCCACAGACCCCAAGACCACCGACGAAAAGCCUGUCGAGCAGAAGCCAGAGCAGAAGCCCGUCGCCCUUGGCGAGGACGACGAGUUUGAGGACUUCCCUGUCGAUGACUGGCCUGAGGACCAAACCGAAGCUGCCAAGGGUAGCGGCGAGACGAAACACCUCUGGGAAGAGAGCUGGGACGACGACGACACGAGUGAUGACUUCUCACAACAACUCAGGCACGUCAAUAGUCAAUACGAUGCUUCUUCUAUACAACAGCUAACCGUUAUACAGGGAGGAGUUGAAGAAGGUCGAGGCCAAACGCCGAUAGAUGACGACACCCACUGCGCGACGAGCCGGGCAAUUCCCGUGCUUUCGUCCACUGCGAUAACUUAA